AUGGCUUCUAAAGAGAUCACUGCCUCUGGUUUCGUGGGUGCCAGCAAGGAUAUCACAGAAAGCAUCAGGAAGAUUAUCGAUAAAUCGUCCAUCAAGUUCGUUCAUGGAAUUAAGCUCGACGCCAAAGGUGGCAAGACAGAGGACAGAAUACUGGUCCUCACAACAUGGCGUCUCUACUUCCUGGCCCCAAAGAUUCCCGCUAAGGUUGAAACCACGUUCAACUUCUUGGAGAUUCGAGCUUUGAAUUCCCACCCUGAGCACCAGGUUAUCAUCGACACUGACAAGUCCAGCUACUCGCUGAGGUUCGAGUUACGUGAACACCUCAACCAUGUGGUCAGCCAUAUCAAUUUCGCUCUGUCUCGAAUAUUCAACAACUCCAUCUUUGCCCCUUCCAUCUGUCAUUCAGACAGCGACCUUUCUGAGGGCAGCAGGAAGUAUUCACCCAGCUCGGAGACGUCGGUGGAGACCCAGAGGGCCUGUGGAGGCUUCUCAGAGACAUACGCCGCUCUCUGCGACUAUAAUGGCAUCAGCUGCAAGGAGGAAGUGCAGUGGGACGUGGACACCAUCUAUCACUCCCAGGACAGCCGAGAGUUUAAUCUGCUGGACUUCAGCCACCUGGAGAGCAGGGAUUUGGCGGUGAUUGUUGCAUCGAUGGCGUACAACACCUGGUUCACUAAACUGUACUGCAAAGACCUGCGGAUAGGGUCAGAGGUCACUGAGCAGGUCCUGCACACAGUCAGCAAAUCCUCCAGCCUGGAGGAGAUCACUCUGGAGAACGCCGGGUUAAAAUCAGACUUUCCACAGAAGAUGUCAGCUGCUCUUUCAGAGAACCCUGCGUCCGUCAUCCACUCGCUCAACUUGGCCCACAACUCACUGGACAACCAAGGUGUGUCCAACUUGAUUCAGCAGGUGUGUCGCCUCAGCAAGGGACUACGUCUCCUCAACCUCUCAAAGACCUCACUCACAUCCAAAGGAGUGGUGUCUCUCUCUCAGGCUCUGUGCUCCAGCGACGAGUACUCCAACUCUCUCCUGCACCUGGACCUGAGCAAGAACCCCGGAGUCCUCUCGGGGGAGGACGCCUCGAACUUGUAUCUGUUCUUGUCUCAGCCCAACUGCCUGGUCCAUUUGGAUCUGUCAGGCACAGAUUGCUCUGUGGACUCACUAUUUGGGGCUCUUCUGAGGGGGUGUUGCGCUGAUCUUUCCUUUCUGAAUCUUUCCAAAAAUUCCUUCUCCCACAGGAAAGUGAAGGACACGCUGCCGCUGUUCCGUCAGUUUUUCAGCUCGGCUUUCAGCCUCACCUAUGUCAGUUUGGCCUCUAUGAAGCUGCCCCCUGAUGUUCUGAGGGCUGUCCUAACAGGGUUAAUCUCCAAUCCUCACAUCAAUGACCUUCAUCUGGACAUCAGUGGCUGUGAGCUUCGGUCUGCCGGAGCCGCUGUAAUCCAGGAACUCUUCCCCAGAGUCUCCUCCAUCGGCACUCUGGAUAUGUCGGACAACGGUCUCGAUGCAGACUUGCUCACAGUACUGCCGGCCCUCUCCAGACACCCCUCCCUCAAACACCUCUAUCUGGGCAAAAACUUCAACAUCAAAAACAGGGUUCUGGAUGAAGUCCUGCAGAAGCUGGUUCAUCUCAUACAGGAGGAGGAGUGUGCCCUGCAGUCUCUUUCCCUGGCCGACUCGCGCCUGCGCUCUCGGGGCACCGUGUUGGUCAACGCCCUGGGCAGCAACACCUGCCUGAGGAAAGUGGACCUGAGCGGGAACAACAUGGACGACAUCGGAGCCAAGAUGCUGAGCAAAGCCCUGCAGAUCAACACCACGAUCAGGAGUGUGACAUGGGAUCGCAACAACACCUCCGCAGCAGGGUUUCUAGAUGUGGCCCGAGCACUCGAACAUAAUUUCACCUUGCAGUACAUGCCUCUACCCUUAAGUGACAUCAGCCAGGCGUACCGCAGCGCCCCCGAGAGGACAGAGCAGGCACUGACCAAGAUCCAGCGCUCUCUGGUGAGGAACAACCAGACGCAGCGCUUCUCCCAGAGGCAGGCUCUGCGACUGCACCAAGGCCUGGUUACCAGCACCGCCGAGCAGGUGAUGGAACGGCUCUGCGUGCGCGUCCAACAGCAGGUGUGUGUGUUACGAGGCGCCGGCGAGAUGGAGGAGAUCCAAGCUGCUAAACAAGUGUUGAAAGAGGCCAGAAACUCCCGCGCUCUGUACCCUUCGUUGUGUGAGCUGGCUCAUGUGCUGUCCGUGGACGGGCCGGUGCGUCAGCGGCUGGACUCUCUGGCUGGUGAACUCGCCAAAGCUGCUGACAAAGAGCUUCAGGUCAUCGUCGACUCCAUGGUGUCGCUCUGUCGCGAGCUCUGCCCUCUAUCGUCUUCUGCGGCGGAGAGGUUGAGUCCUUCGCUAUCGUCCGUCUCAGAGCGCGUGUCCAUCCCUCGCUCCGCCAUCCGGACGGCUCUGAUGGAAAGAGCAGCUCAGGACAUCCACCGAGCCUUAGAAGAAGUGAAGCUGUCGGUGGUUUCCUAUCUCACCAACUCCAUCGUGGACCAGAUCCUGCAGGAGCUCUACGCCACCCAUAAGACCCUGACUCGGCAGGUAUCUCAUCUUAAACGCUGGGAUGGGACGGGUGACGACGGGACAGGCUGGAGGUUCAACAGACACAGAGACUCUCUGGACGUCACAGAUGAGGAGCUCAGCACCAGCAUAGACACAAUAGCCAUUAAGAAGCGCAGCUCGAGAACGAGACGAAUACGACCUGUCUCCACCAGGCUGAGUCUGUGUGAUGACUCCAGCUCCUCCCCGCCACCCUCUGUGCCGUCGUACUCCUCGCCGCUAUCCCGCUCGGCAUCCUGGGAGGGCCUGUCGGAGCUGCCAACGCAGGGCCUGCCGCUCCACCAUGUGACGCGUGUCCGACCGAGGCCUCCGCGGAGGCACAAAGGAGGGCACAUCCCUGCUGAGACGCAUUGCAGUGAAAAUGGAGGAAUCAGCCCUCUUGAUGAUGGACUCCCAGAUUUCUACACUAAAAGAGUGCUCCCCGACAGUCAGCUCUCCUCCCUGCACAAAGCCCACUCGCUGAGGAGGAAGAAGAGGAGAAACAUGCUGGCCAUCUUUGGUUUCCGUAGGAACCGCAACCAGACUCUGUCCAAUCAGGAGCCGGAGCCUGAAGCAGAGGUUUACGGAGACGGGUGUCACUUUGUUGCUACGACAGCCUCGGGGACAGCCACAGAGAAUGUCUACACACUCCUUCAGCCUCCAAGGUCCGCCGCCAGAGCUGGAUCUCCCGGUGAAGGGGCUGAUGGGAAAAUUAACGACCACCAGGGGAAAAAUACUCUCGUUUUGAGUCCGCCGCCAGUGCCGGGCAUCCCUCACCCGUCCGCUGGAGGAAGCAAACACCCGUUUUAUUCUCCCAGAGAGAAAUCCGAAGUGGAUUCUGUGUUUGAACAUCCGUUAGAGACGGAAAAGUACUGGAUGGACGACAAACACAAGACCACGGAUGUGCUGCAUCCAGACAAACCGUGGCUGGAGGCGAGGCAGACCGAGCAGCACGCCGAGAAACUUCGGUUUGACAGAACUGAGCCGAGGACGACGGAGAGACCAACAGACCGGUACUUGACUGAGAGUAGACACCCGGACAGACACCUGGACAGACAGUGGACCGUCGACAGACACACCCAGCGGCAGAUCGACAGAAAGAUAGAGAGACAGUGGAUGGGCGGCAGGCAGAUAGACCGGUCGUGGUCGGAGAACAGGCCGCCGGACGUACAGGUGGACAAUCAGUGGACCGAGAGCAGACCCGGCAGCAGGAAGUCAGAGAGACAAGUGCAGGCGCUUCACUUGGCUCAAAGGCCGCUGCCCCCGUACCCGUCGGACCGGACGCCCUCGCCGAAACAGGAAACGGAUCUGAGGAGCACAGAGGCGGCGGCGGCGGCGGCGGCUACAGACUGCCCCGACGGCGGUGGAGGGUUCUCGGAGGGAUGGAGGACCACCGGAGGAGGACGAGCUACUUCCUGUGCAUCUAAACCCGAUCCACCGCCGCAAAGCAGCAAACCCAACCUGUCCAAACUGAGGCCGAGACAUCGUCUGGAGAGUUCAGACGUUCUACCAGGUACAGAGGAGGAAGGAGAUGUAGAGAAGAUGGAAAAGAAAGAAAGAGAAAAGAGAAGAGACUCGGAGGGUCAUCCUCCUCCGAUUCCAGAAAAGCCAAAGACGUCCUCGUACAUGAUUUUUCCAAAAGAAUCAGCCAAUGAGAGGAGCUUACCUCCUCCUCCUGUGCCGCCUCCAGUUCACAAGCCUCUGUACGGAUUACCAGACAGAGCUGCAAGUCAAGGUGAAGAAGGACUGCGACCUCAUGCGCCGGUGAAGCCACAGAGAAACAGGAAGGCCAUGUCUUGUGACGCAGGCACUGACAGGGAAAGCCCUAAUAACGUUGAGAAGCCCCCAAAUCGCAAACCCCCCGUGAAAAAACCUAGACUACCCCAAAACAGAAAUAAGUCCCUGGACUUGUCUGACAGCCUCGACUCAGCUUCUGGUCACAGCGAGCUGUUAUGAUGUCCAGGGGG